CCGCGCUCCCCGGCCAUGGGCGCCGGGCGGGUGGCCGCGCUGGUGGGCGCGCUGGUGGGCGCGCUGCUGGGCGCCCAGGCCUUCCCCCAGACCAACAUAAAGAUCAGCCAAGCCAUGCCGGAGCCUGUCCAUGCCUACUCCUGCCCGCUCUUCUGGACAGAGUACGAAGGCCAUUGCUACCGGUACUUCCCCAUCAACAAAACCUGGGCUGAAGCCGACCUCUAUUGUGCCGAGUUCUCCAUUGGCAUCAGAUCAGCCAAGCUGGCCUCCAUCCACAGCUGGGAAGAAAACGUCUUUGUGUACGAUCUAGUGAACAGCCGUGUGCCGGGCAUCCCCACUGACAUCUGGACGGGACUCAAUGACCUGCGGCAGGAGGGUCACUUCGAGUGGACGGACGGCUCCUCCUAUGACUACCACUACUGGGACGGCAGCCAGCCCGACGACGGCAUCCACUCCAUCCCGGAGGAGGAGGACUGCGUGCAGAUCUGGUACAGGCACAGCAGCGCGCUGCGCUCCUGGAAUGACAACGCCUGUGGCAGAGCCUUCCCUUUCGUCUGCAAGAUCCCCUCGCUGGCCCUGGACUGAGGCUGCUGGAACUGCCCGUGCCCCCCCCCCCUGCCCCCCCCAUUUUGGGUCACCUCUCCAGCCGUGCCAGGGAAGAGCGGCCAGGACACGGCACGGGUGGCCAGAGCUGAGUGUCGGCACCCCCAGGCAGACCCUGGCAGCAGAGUCCCUCCGGGGAGUGCCACGGGGACAAGCCCAGCACUCACCCUCCCCACGGGCAAACGGCGACAGGAGCUGCGCUGAGCGGCAAGGAGCCCUCCAGCCUGAGCCUGCCUUUGGGUUUCACAUCAGCCGUUGCAGCACAUUAGAGGAAACCCAUGAUUUUACCAAGGCACCAAACUUUGCACCAAAAAAUUGCCGAGGAAACCCAUGAUUUUUACCAAGGCACCAAACUUAGCACCAAAAAAUCGCUGUGUGUACGAAAUGGUUUUGUCCGUUGGUCUGUGAAGAGUGGAGGAAAUGUGUUAUUUUCUGUUAAGUUAUGCAAAAUGCCUCUUGUGCCUGUGAUUUUUCUCUCCGCUAAAAUAAACGGCAAAUAACAGGUGGAGGCUCCUCUGUUUCUGGUGCCCAAGUGGCAGCAGCUCCCCGGGGACCUGGGGUCUCGUGCGGAAGGAGCUGGAUUUACCCCAGCCUGCUCUGUAUUGGAAAGGUGCGUUGAGGCAAAGCAGAUGCCUGGGAAAGUACAUUUUAUGGAUUCCCAACUGAUUUUGGGGGUCCCUGCAGCAGCCUGCGUGCACACCCUGCCCUUCACCCGGUCCCAGCCAGCCCCGCGGCUGGGGUGUAUGGGGCCACUGGGCACCCCCAGCUCCGUAACACCCCUGCCCGCAGCAGGUGAGCAGGAUUUGGCCCUGGCUGCUUUGGGCUGGCCGAAUUACAGGGAGGGCGGGUGAAGGGCUGAUGUGCACCAGCUGGGGGUCAGCCCGGGGGGUUCCCCGGGUCAGGGGAGCUCACUGCUCUCGGUGCAGCCCUGGUUCCUAGUGAGACUGUGCUCUUCCCUGUAGUCGUUGCUGAUGUCCUGUUCUGCGCUGGCACCACAGAGGUACUUUCAUCUUCCAGGUAAAUGAUUUUUGGUGAUGUAUGUGGUGAUGGCAGCCCCAGUGUGCCUUGAGUUGCUCAGCAGUGAGAUGGGACCUUCUUCCUUGCAUGUGGGUGAAUUUGCAGGGCUUGGGUGCUAGUGGGGGUGCGAUGGUGCCAGGGCCCGAGGGAAGCGCAGCACUAUCGAGGCAAAAACAUGCUGCUGCUUCAGGGGAUGUGGCUGCAAGGGCACUGCUGAACCCAGUCCAAUGCAGCAAAUCCAGUGCUUGCCAGAGAGCCCCUUGCAGUGUGACCUCUGGUCCCACGCAGCUCUGUGGCAUCCAGGUGGCUUUGCAGGUUUCUGCCUCCCCCUCCAGCCCCUUGCCGUCUCUUGGGAGUGAUGUGUCCCUUUUGUCCCCACUCCGGCAAAGCCCCAGGGUCUCACAGCCCCAGAGCAGCUGGGACAGCCCUGGGCUGCCCCAUCUCAGCCACUGCCUGCAGAGAUGAGUAAAGCAUCCUCAUAAAAUUGUCUGAUCUCCCUUGAUGUCACCAUCUUAGAAACAUAAAAUUUCAAAACUAAGACUUUCCAGAGCGAUUACACUGGUUACAAUGAGGGAAAUGACUGAGGCUCUGCUGGGAGCUGCUUCCUUGGGUGUCAGCACAGCUUUCAGCUAAAAUGUGCUCCUGCCUGGAGAGAAACUGCAGUACUUAGUGGGGGUAAUGGUGGUGUAAGUGGAACAUAUGUGUUGCAGCAAGUUUCUUAAAUAAGGAUAUACUGUCAUGCCUGAUUAUGUAUUUUUAUAUAUAUAUGAACAUUUUAUAUAAAUGGAUAAUACAUAUAAAUAAAACUGUAUUAUUUUUAAGGGAUUACAUAUAUAAAUAUAUACACACUGACUGUAUAUUUAUAUGGAACGUAAGCGCUUUGCAUAGUUUUCAGUCCUGGGCAGCAGACAGCAUUGAAUGGGGUUUCUAGAGGCUUUUGCUUCAUCUGAAAACAAUAAGCUACAUAUGGAUGAUAACAGUAU